AAUCGAAUUCACCAUUCAGAUAUUUUCAUCAAUACUCCAGUUUCAACCCGUUACAACAUUAAUUUUACAAUUUUUUUCUUUUGUUUUAUUAAGUUUUAACCCACUUCUAAUAUUCCCCUUAUUUUAUGUUCUUCUUUAUUAUCCACUCUCCUUUAACUCGGUCUUUAUACAGUUAUUUGAAUGGAACUUUUCUUCUAAAAGUUGGUUUGAUAGAGUAAUAUUCAGAUCUCUUUAAUAAAUAUCACUCUUUUUUGUCUCAAAGCUUUGAGUGUGUGUUUUUAGAUCCCCUAAAUUUUGCCCCUUUUUGUGAACCCCAAACUUAUGAGUUUCUUUCUUGAAAGGUCAUAUUGUCUUCCGGGUUGUUGUGUUUUUAAGGUUAUUUUGGCGGAAAAUGACCCCUGAUUAAGUAAACGAUUGAAUUUUGAGGUUUGGGUUUUGUUUAUGUCCUCUUUUAACAAUCUAAAAACUUGAAUUUUUGUUACCUGUUGCAAAAAUUGCAUCUUUGGGAGUAAAAGUCAGGUUCUUGGUGAAUUUAUUUUGUUAUUGUUUAUGAUUAUGGUGUUUAUCCAAAUGGGUACAUGAUAAUUUAGUUAUUUUGUAAAGGUUGAAACCUUUUUUGGGCUGUUGAAGUGGUAUUUUAAGAGUUUUGAUCAAAGGUUGUUCAAUUGUUGGGUUUUCAAUGGAUAAUGGUAGGGAUGAUAAAACCAAGCCACUUAUUAGUAGCUUGAAGCUUAAUAAACAAGUAGUAGUAGAGAAGGUUUUGGGUAUGGAGGAAAGGGAGGAGGAGGAGGAGGAGGAGUCAAAGAGGCUCUUGUCACCUAGAAAUGAAGAAAUUUCCCCAAAACCAAAAAGGAAAGUUCAGUGGAAUGAUACUAAUGGAGGGAAUAAGCUUGCAGAAGUUGUAGAAUUUCUACCAAGCGGAUGUAGGGUGUAGUCAUUGAAGUCAGUUGAUAUCACUUUAAUCCAAAUAAAAUCAAGCAGUACAUCUAAGUAUUCCUUAGAUGAGUUGGUUAGUGUAUUGUCUUCUGCAUGGGUGAGUACGAUUUGAAACCCAUGAAACGUGUUUUGUCUUAAUUCAUUCAAUGGUGAUUGUAAUUUGUUAUUUUAAAUUGUUGACAUCACUUUUUUCUCCUGAAUCCGCCACUGCAGGCAAUGAUAUGUUUAGUUUGCUAGCUGUGUAUUCUCUUUUGGCAUGGAGCUUUUUGAGUUGAUGUGAAGUUCAGGAAUCAUCAAUACAAUUUUCUAUACUAAACCGGUUUAACCCUCCAAUAUUUAACCCAAGGAGAAAGUGGGGUGUUAGGCUUGUGAACUUUAGAUUAGCAUAUAGCUUAUUGGCUGCUAAACCAUGAAUAUAGAGAGAUCUUAGCCAGAGUUUUGAUUUUAAGUUUGCAGCAUGGGUCUAUUAAAUGUGUAUGAAGGCAGAUAAUUCAGUUUAAGUGUCAACAUUCUUGCGAGGUUCUCAAAUAGACACUACAUGAUGACCUUUAGGUUCAAGGCUCUUGGCUCUAGCAAAGACCAAUGUAGCUUAUUUCAUUUUGUGGACACAUACUUGGAUUUUGUUCGAGUUUUGGUGUGAUUCGGGAGAUAGAAUUAAAGUUGCGAAUUCUCAAGAAAACUUUCUGGAUUAAUGCUUCUGUGGCAUUUUAUCAUUACUAAUUAGUAUACUGAAAAAUCGUCUUCCUGUGUUAGUAAGCAUGACUUAAUUUGGAGGAUUUUGAAUUGGAUGAGUUAAAAUGACUUGACACCUUCCAAAUUUGCUUAUGAUAUGUAGGGUAAAACACUGCUUGGUAAUUGGUAGCGAUUGGGCUCAUAGGUGUAGGUUGGGAGAGUUUCUCUUUUUUUUUUUUUUCCUCCACAGCUGUGCUUAUCUUGGAGAAGUUUUUUGCAUUCAUUAUGAUUAGUUAUUUUUCAUCUCAGUGUGGUUACUAUUUGGAUACAUAAAUUUUAGGUGACUUUCUAUAUUUGGGUGGAUUUGUUACACUUUCAGGCAAGGACAAGGAUUAGUGUUAGCUUUUACGUUUUACAACCUUUAGUCAUUUGUAACGUCUUUCCACAUGAAAAGCUCGGUUGGUUUAAAUAAGAAAAAAAAUCUCAUUCAACGUUAGUGUGCUAGCAUCUCCUUAGACCAAAGAGACGGAAGUAGAAUAGCUUUGACAUAAAUUAAGCACGAGGAGCGAUCAUUACUAACCAUAGUGUAUUGUGACCCCAAAAGGUACCGACACGUGAUAUGACUUGAGUGUAAGUACCCCUGGAAUUGCAACCUAGCCUAACGCAGCCACUUGACCACUCCAGGAACAAGUGCAUUUACUCAUCUCCAUGACACCUGAAUCAGUAUUGAAGCUGUCUUCACGAACAUACUCCUGAUUUAAAAUUGCUUAAACAGUCCUCCACAUCCAUAUCAUUCUCUUUGCAACCUUUUUAUUACAUUUCAUUCUGAUUUACUUCGGAAAAGGAAUUUAAGUUUGAUCUGCUAUAAUUGUCCCCUUUCUUUGGUACUCUAUAUAAAUGGUUAAGUUUGAACGCCAUUUUUAAAUUGUAGAUAUAUUUGUCAGCACUAUUAUUUGAUGUAGAAGUAUUUAUUUCUUGUAUCUGCUUCCC